AGAAGGCGUCGCUGCGCAUGCGCCGCUUUCCCGCGCCCGCCUCUGGCCCGGUGCGGUGUGUGAGCUAUAACUGGACACCCGGGUGGUCGCUCUUCCCCGCUGGCGACCCGUAGCAUGUGGCCCUUUGACCCGCCGAGGCGGGGUGAGAGGUCGGGUGGCCAUCUUGUGACAGCGGUGGCGGUUUGUUGGUGGUGAGGCCCCGCCGCGCCCCCUCCCCCUCCCCCCGGGCGGAGCAGGCCCCGGGGCCGGGCCGGGCCGGGCGGCGCCAUGUCCUCCUUCUCGGAGUCGGCCCUGGAGAAGAAGCUCUCGGAGCUGAGCAACUCUCAGCAGAGCGUCCAGACCCUGUCGCUGUGGCUCAUCCACCACCGCAAGCACGCCGGGCCCAUCGUCUCCGUGUGGCACCGGGAGCUCCGCAAAGCAAAAUCAAGUAGGAAGCUUACAUUUCUAUAUUUGGCGAACGAUGUCAUCCAGAACAGUAAAAGGAAGGGUCCUGAAUUCACAAGGGAGUUUGAAUCUGUUCUUGUGGAUGCUUUUUCUCAUGUUGCCAGAGAGGCAGAUGAGGGCUGCAAAAAGCCCUUGGAGCGAUUGCUUAACAUCUGGCAAGAAAGGAGCGUGUAUGGCAGCGAGUUCAUACAACAGCUGAAACUUUCUAUGGAGGACACCAGUAGCCCUCCACCAAAAGUUACAGAGGAGAAAAAGUCCUUGAAGCGGACAUUUCAGCAGAUACAAGAGGAAGAAGAUGAGGAUUACCCUGGGAGCUACUCGCCCCAGGACCCCAGCACUGGGCCAUUACUGCUUACAAGGAAGUAUGUAUGUCAAGCAGACAGUGAACAUCCUUUGGUUCUUCAAGCCAGCAUAAACAUUGAAAAGACUGAGGACUUGAUCAAAGCCCUGCAGGACCUGGAAAAUGCAGCAUCAGGAGAUGCCACAGUGCGGCAGAAAAUUGCCUCACUGCCACAGGAAGUUCAAGAUGUGUCACUGCUGGAGAAAAUUACAGACAAAGAGGCAGCAGAACGUCUUUCGAAAACGGUGGAUGAAGCAUGUUUGUUACUAGCAGAGUAUAAUGGGCGGCUGGCAGCAGAGUUGGAAGACCGACGCCAGCUGGCACGCAUGUUGAUUGAGUACACUCAGAACCAGAAGGAUGUAUUGACAGAGAAAGAGAAAAAGUUAGAAGAGUAUAAACAGAAACUUGCUCGGGUAACCCAAGUCCGCAAGGAGCUGAAAUCUCACAUCCAGAGCCUUCCAGAUCUGUCGCUGCUGCCCAACGUUACAGGAGGCCUGGCACCUUUGCCAUCUGCUGGUGAUUUGUUUUCAACUGACUAGGACUAAUGGUGCCCGCAUUUACUAAUUCCCCUUAGUACCAGCAGAAGUAAGAAAACUCUCAUGUUGACUGGAAAUCCAGUCUUCCAAUGAUCUACCAUAGGAAUGAACGUACAGACCCUACUUUCAACCUACCAGCUGCACAUGCGUGCUCUCUGUGUACAGUGUCUCAUGUUGAGGGGAAGAUGGAGAGUGUGUGUGUCCAUGUUCUGAAGGGAGUGGGUAUAGAGUCCAUAUAUAUUUUGAAAAGAAACUUUUC